AUGGAGCAGGACCAUCAUGAAGAGGCUCGCAGACUCCUCGAGAGUCGUCGCAGCGGACCUGAACCUCAAACUAUUGACUUGAAGUUCCGCAAAAUUUGGGACGUUAUCCUAGUAGAUCGUGCGUUUCGAAAUAUCUCCUGGCGAUCCAUCAUCACGAAGCUAUCAUGGCGUCGUCGGUUAAUCCUCGGUUGCGGCGUACAGGCCUUUGGUCCCUUGUCUGGCAUCAACGUAAUCAAUUACUACGGUCCUCGCAUCUAUGAAACCUUGGUAAUAGAUAAUCACAACUCGCUCAUGAUCGUGGGGAUCAGCGGCGCUCUGUCUAUCGUGUACUGCACGAUUGGGCUGUACAUUCUCGAUGGCAUUGGACGCAUCAAGCCGUUGUAUGUCGGCGCCGCAGGGUGUGGUGCGGCGUUACUUGUCAACGCGGUGCAGGCCCAAUACAUGAACCCUGAUAACGCGCACCAGCCGCGGUCCAUGGUGGCCAUGAACUUUGCUCUCAGCCUCUUCCACACGCCCACGGGCAUCAUCUCCUGGGCCUACCCUGCAGAAACGUUUCCGGUCGAGGUGCGAGCGCUGAGAAACUCCUUAACCACGUUUACGAACUGGACUGUGAACCUAGUCUUUGCCCAAUUCUCUCCCAACGCGCUUGACACUGUCGGCUUCCGAUACUUAUACCUAUUCUUUGCGUUGAACCUCAUUGCUGCUACUUGCUACCACUUAUCCUACCCCGAGACGAAAGGCCUUUCGCUUGAGCAGAUGGACGAGCUCUUCGGCGACCGACUGGUGCCGCAUGCUAUGGAAGGUCCCGAAGGCGCUGCGGCACCCGUGGAGAAGGAGCAGGUAUUGGCUAGUCACUUGUUGUUCCAGGAGAACAAGAAACCCUAG